CCUCUCAUACUUCAGUACUGCGUAGAGCUAACAACAUGACGGACGUGCGCGAACUUGCAUUACGAAAUAUCUUGGAAGAAAUAGCCGUCGAGCAAAAAUAUGAAGACCCGGACAUACAAACAUCAGCUAUACCAACCACCGGCUCCAAUUUCACCUCCCAACUCUUCUAUGCUACUAUCAAAUCGGCAGAGAAACAGGAUAUAAACGUAUUCGCAAAAGUCGCCGUCGUCGCGGAAAAACUCCGAGAAGAAGUCAAAACAUUCACUAUUUUCGACACCGAAAGACACUUUUACACGAAGCUAACGAAGACGUACAAAGAAAUAGAAGACAAGCACAACAUCCCAGAAGAACACAGACUUGUUAUUCCCAAGUAUUACGGAGGCAGCAAUGAUUAUUUGAAAGAGGUGGUGGUGCUGCAGGAUUUGUCUAAAGAUGGCUUCAUAACAUACGACAGGUUGAAGUCUAUCGACUGGGAAUACGCGUCGACAGCAGUUGAAGAGUUGGCGAAACUCCACGCGUUGUCCAUAGCAUAUCAGAAGGAAUAUCCGGAAGAUUACGAAGCAGCAAAAGGAGUUUUGAAAAGACCAAUGUUGGGAGAUGAUCAUCCUAUAACAAUUAUGAUGAAACAAACGCUGAGUAAGACGGUGCAGAUGGUUCGUGAGGAGAACAGGGCGAAGCUGGAGAAGUUCUUCUCCGAGACGUUUCGUUUCGAGCAGUUCAAGAAGUUUUACGAGCCGAUCAAAAGGCCGGUCAUCAUACACGGUGACUUCAGACAGAGCAACCUCAUGCAUAAAAUAGAUGAGGACGGCAAAGUCCAAGUAGUGAUUGUGGACUACCAGUCCUUACAUCCAGGACCGGCUGCCAAUGACUUGCUGUACUUCAUCUUCACGGGGUCAGACGGGGCGUUCCGAGCCAAGUACUUCGACCGGCUUAUUGACCACUACUACGAGCAUAUGGCUGCUGCGUUACGGAGGCUGGACUUGGACCCUGAGGAGGCUUUCCCGAGGGAUAUCUUUGAUCAGGAGUUGAAACAGAUGUUGCCCUUCGGUCUUCUCAUCGCGGGCAUGUUGCUGCGCGUGAUCACCAUAGACAAGGCAGACGUGAGCAAAGAUGGCGAAGUGUUUGAGAACGACAGCUUCGAGACUAUGGCCGAGCUGAUGGGCAAGAGCAAUGAUUUGAGCACAAGAAGACUGAAUGAAGUUGUGGACGACUAUGUCAAGUGGGGGAUAUUAUAGAAAUAUCUUAGAACUUUAUUUUAAAAUGGGCUGCGUAAAGCUUCAACCACACCAACGCGUGCCGAUCGCCAUCGCCGCGGCC